CUAUUCAGUAUAGCUUGAUCUUUAAAAAAUAAAUAUGAUGAUUUCUAUGAAACAAUACACUCAUUAUCCCAAAAUUAAAUAAAUAAGCCAAUGAACAAAGAGCUAUGUUCUCUCUCCUGGGAUGUUGAGACACUAGCUGGGAGGCUCUGGAUAGGAACCAAUAAUAACAGAAUGGAGAAUAGAUGUGCUGAGCCCUUAGGGACCAUGUGGUCUAGCCCACCUGUUUUACAGAUAGGGAAACCGAGGCCCCCAAAGGUCCCUUUUCAGUCCAAGGUCACAGAGACUCGAGUCUGCAGUACAUGAGGCCGGGGACUGCGUUCCGGAUGCUACAGAAGCACCGUCUUAGGGGACUUGCUCAAUAGCCAUGAAGAGCCCAUCCAAGGCCAGUGGCACGGCCUCCAGCCUCAGCCCAGAACAAGGAGCUACUCACACCAUGAAGCUCAGCCGCCUCCUUGCCCUUUGCCUCACCCUCUGCCUGGUGGGCUUGGCCAGCUCAGGAAAGACCUCAGCCAAUCUUCAGCAAGAGGCUUCCCAGGAGUUGCUCCAAACUCCCCCUGCCCUCUGCCAGCUCCCCGCAGUGAGGGGCCCUUGCAAAGCCUCUUUGCACCGAUACUUCUACAACUCUACGUCCAUUGACUGGGAGCCCUUUACCUAUGGUGGUCGUCAGGGCAAUGCCAACAAUUUUGAGACCACAGAGGUCUGUGUGAGGGUCUGCAAACCCCCUGGCGAGUCCUCUGAUGGAAACAGGAGGAGUAACGGAGAGACCAAGGUCAAGAGCAGCUGAAGGUGAUACCUGCACGUUCCCAGGCCUUGACCGAAAGCUGGCUCGGCUGCCAUUCCUGCGCAGAGGCCCUGCUCUGAGCCCAUCCUGUAACCCUCCGGGACUGAGUCAAUAAAGUGUUCAAAGUUGAUGUGACCUGAAGCCUUCCUACAAGGGCCCUGGGCCUGUCCUCCAAAACUGCUCACAGCCACAGGGGCAAUCAAACCUGCAUCACCCCCACCCCUAACCUCCUUCAGACCCGCAUUACCCUGUGUCCCCAGAAUGAAGAUGAGGACAGAGGACACAAGUUCCCCUGUCGCCAGGGGUCCUCAUGCAAGCCAGACUGAAUGGAAAUUUGGGGACCGUGAGUGUCUGUCCCUAGAUCCUGGCCUACUGCUCUUUCCUGCCCGGGGCUGCAGGGUGAGCCAGAAGGUUCUUCCUGUCCAGCAGGAACCAUGGCCUGGAGGAGUGUGGAGAGGGGUGGAAAUUCAGGGAAUCUUGGCCAGCUAGGGUGGCACUCCGCUCUCCACCCAGAGGGAUACUGGAAAAAUGAAAUUUAUACAUAUUUUUAAAAUUGUGGUAAAAUACAUACAACAUGAAAUUUACCAUUUUAACCAUUUCUAAGUGUACAACUUAGUGACAUUAUGUAUACUCACGCUCUUGGGCUAACAUGACCACCACCCACCUCCAGAACUUUUUCAUCUUCCCAAACUGAAACUUGUACCCAUUAAAAAUUAACUCCUCUUUCCCCCUCCCUGCAAUCCUUGGACACCACCGCUCUAAUUUCCGUCUCUGUGAGUUUGCUCUAGGAACCUCAUCGAAGUGGAAUCACACAGUACUUGUCCUUUCGUGACUGGCUCGUUUCACCUAGCAUCAUCCAUGUUGUAGCCUGUAUCAAAAUUUCCUUCCUUUUUU